GCCUGCGUAAGAAUUUUGUGAAAAAAAUAAAAGAAAAAAAUUGAUUUUGUGGAAUCACUGUAAAAUACAGUAAUGAACGGAAUAAGAUUCUGCCUUUUGGCGCGGACGACUAACUAAGGUAUAUUAUUUCCAAAAAAAUCCCCAGUUUCUUCAAUUUCCCUUUUUUGUUCACUUCAAUUUUUGGGGAUUUCUUGGUUCCAUCGGCCAUGGAUUUCGCGAGCUCCGCCGGCCGCAGCUCCUCCGACUAUGACAUCGCUCAGGCGGAGCAAGGUCAAUUGGCAUCUGCUAGUGAGGACCGUGAAACAAAUUGUUGGGGUUGUGGGCUUCGUGUUAGUGUUGCUGCUCAUGCAUCAGUUUUCAAAUGUGGCUGGUGUGGAGCUAUAACUAAGGAACAUGUGGUGAAAAAUAAUAACAUCCGAUUGAGACGUUGGCUCGACCGUUGUUUUGUUACCAUCGUCAUUUCGUUUAUGCUAUUCUUUAUUUGUGCCGGCAUUUGGGCUGUUUAUCCUGUCAUCUUCUCCAUUAGUUACUUCUGUGGUGUUUUCCACUUGGCAAUUUCAGUGAUAUUGUCUAUAUGUACUUUGUCUUCAUUUUGCCUUUCGGCAUUUCAACCUGCUGGUGUUCCACCCAUUAUAAUCUGGGGUAGCUAUCCAGCAGUGGGGCAAGGUGGACUUCAGAACUAUACCUUCUGCCAUUAUUGUUCAAAGCCAAAAUCACCUCAAGCACACCAUUGCCGUACGUGUGGGACGUGUGUAUUGGGAAUGGAUCAUCAUUGCCCUUUUAUUGGUAAUUGUGUUGGUUCGGCAAAUCAUCGGUGUUUUAUUCUCUUUCUUUUAUCAACCGUCAUAAGUACUCUCUAUAUUGUUAUUAUGACUUUCUAUUCUGCACUUCACAUCUGGCCACCCGUGGAGCAUAAAUCUCUGAGCAAAUUGAGUGGUUUUGCUAACCCUGAGUUUGUUUUUGGAGUCUUAAAACACAAUAUUCUGGCCUCCUUGAGAUCUGCAGUGUUUCUAUCUGCAAGAGGACUUGUUCUUGUUUAUCUAUUUAUUGCUAGUUUCUCAGUGGGCACUGGCUUGAGUGUGCUGUUGUGGCAGCAGCUUAGUUUCAUAUAUGUUGGAAAGACUUACUUGAGUCAUCUAAGUGCGGUUGACAGUGAAGAAGUGAUGGAAAGAGAUUGCCAAAAUCUUAUAAGAUUUUUUGGUUUACCGUCUAAGACAACAGCAUAUUUGCCAAGUUAUUGGAAGUCAAAGAAAGCUCACGAGAAGUGACGCUGAGAGGUUGGAGAAAUAUUGAAUCAGUUUAUGCUAUUUCAUCUCUUAUGUUUGCUGUCUCACCAAAGAUGUAUUAGAUCUGUAAAUGUCCAACACGCAAACUCAAGAAUUGCGUCUGAGUUUGGGCGGCGAUGAUAGAGUGGCUAGGAAUGAUAAAAAUCUCGUCUUGUCGUCUUUCUUGUUGCUUCAUUGUCUCUUGCAAAUGGCCAAAGUCUCUAAAGGUUACAAAGUAGUGUAUCCAUAGAUUCACUGGAGAGAUAAAAUCCUGACUGCAGACUACUUAAUUGGCGACGUUCUUUUGUAGUUUCUUUUAUUCAAUUUUUUGGGAUGAGAUGCCAAAGAGCUGACUGCAAAAUGGUGAAUGAGAUUAGAGGCGAGGUGUCAGCAUAGAUGUCUUGUGCAUAUUUUGGAAGGAGAGAGCAUUUGUACAAUAACUAACAAACACACGCAAGUUAGGAGUUUUUAUGUCUCCUUUUCUUUGAUAGUGACUUUUGUUUUUGUUUUUUCCCUUGUAAUUCAUUAGUAGUAUUUCUUAUGUAUUUUUCUGUGAUCUGUAGUGAAGUUAUAUGCCGCAAUGUGGCAUUGAAAAUUCACUUCUUUAUAAAAUGAUGUGUAAAUUCUUCAUUCCA